AUGGCAAAUCCGUGUCCUGCAUUGCAAUUCCAGGAGAUCUGGUCAUCGGCGAUCACGAGAUAUAACCAAGACACUAAACGCGACUAUCUUGAACGUGGGCUGGAGGCAGAUUCCCCCGAUGCCCUCUUUGUCAUCCUCGACAAGGAGCUGAACCGAUUCAAGGAGUAUCGGAAGAGGGGGGGAAGAGUACGGCAUGUGAUACGGUCAGUACUGGAACUGGUGAAUAUAUCAUCAGGUGCGAUCGGAGAUAGUCUCGCGACAGCAUGUCCGCCAGCGAAAGCAGUUUCUAUUGCUGUUUGGGUAUUGCUCAAGGCUGCGAAAGACGUCAGUGGACACUAUGACAUGAUUAUCGACAUGUUUGAGAAGCUCAAGGGCUUUAUGGGAUGUUUGGAUAGAAUCAUUGUCGGCAUCCUCGCCCAGGUGCUCGUGGUGCUUGGAGUAGCCACCAAGUGGAUGAAGCAAAGUCGUCUUGUCCAAUACUGGAAGGUCCUGUUCGGGAAUAACACCGAAGUGUCGGAUGCGAUGGGCGCACUGCGGAUCCUAUCCAGCCAGGAGGUUCCGAUGGUCACUGCAGUGAUAUUAGCGACGACAACUACAACCUCACAGAAUAUACAGGCGUCAGAAGCUGGCAAUGGUAAAACGAUCAUCUGCUCGACCGUCAUCGAAGCUCUCAAACGUCAAUCCAAUUCCUCCGUCGCAUUGGCCUACUUCUACUUCAACUUCAACAAUUCAGAUAAACUGAUCUAUCGGUACAUGCUCCAUUCACUCCCAACAGUGAACGAGCUCCUCAAUGUGCUCAAGAAGACCGUUGUCCUCUCCAGCCAUACAUACAUCGUUCUUGAUGGACUGGAUGAGUGCUUUGGAUCAGAUCGGACGAACGUGCUCGAAUUUUUGGCCGAAAUUCAGAGCUGGAAUCUGCAAUCUCUUCACGUCCUAGCUGCAAGUCGGCCUGAGCAGGAAAUUCAAGAGAAAAUGGACUCAUUUCCCAGGGCUCGUCAUGUUGAUCUUCAAGGCGCAACGUCGGGUAUUGGCCAAGAUGUUGAGCUGUUCAUCGCGGCUCAACUAGAGAAGGAUUCCCAUUUGAAGAAAUGGGAACUAAAAGAGAAAAAUUUGAUCAGACAUACUCUUAUCACACAUGCAGGUGGCAUGUUCCAGUGGGUGCGCUGUCAACUGGAUAGUUUGCGACACUGCUUCACAGUCAAUGAUCUUGAGGCGACUUUAGAAAAUCUGCCGAAAACGCUGGACGAGACCUAUGAACGCUUACUGUUGAACAUUCCAGAUGACUGCCAAGAGAAAAUCUAUCGAAUCUUGCAAUUCAUCUGUUUCUCAAAACGUCCGAUGCUUCUUGGUGAACUUGCUGAGGUCGUCACGGUGGCGAUGGAUUCCGAAGGAAAUGCGCGUUACAACUCUAGAAAUCGCAUGCGCGAUCCGUCGGAUGCGCCCACCAUAUGUGGCAGUUUGAUCUCUGCCAUUCCCGACAAUUUUGACUAUUUCAACUAUCGCGGCGACCAGUGGAAACCUGAAUCUUCUUUCAACACACUUGCAGCCCGAUUCAUCCUGUUCUCGCACUUCUCUGUUAGAGAAUACCCGAUGUCUAAACGGGUUCGCACAGGCGAAGCAUCGAGCUACAGUGUGAAUGCGGAGUUGGCCAACGAGUCAAUUGUCAUGACAUGUCUCGCGUAUCUCAUGCGAUUCGACACAGACGGGUUAGAUGGGACACGGAUGAGAGAAGAAAAUGAUGCUGCCUUGGCACUAUAUGCGGCACAUCAUUGGGUCUUCCAUUUCCAGAAGCGGAGACCAGAUGUCCACCAGCCUCUACAGCCUCUAGCUCGAGAGUUCUAUCAUGUUGACCGGCAAAAAUCCCUUCUGAAUUGGGUCAGGAUAUACGAUCUAGACAAACCCUAUGAUUCCCCAGAUUGGCAUCGUGCAGUCAAAACUAUCCCUCACCCUCUGUACUAUUCAUGCAGCGCAGGGUUUCUAGACGUAUCAGAAUGGUUAUUGAUCGAAGGUGCUGAGGUCAACGCUCAAGGAGGUUUGUAUGGGAAUGCACUGCAGGCGGCUUCAUACCGUGGUCAUGAAGCCCUUGUGCGACUGCUACUGGAUCGAGGUGCCGGGGUCAACACGCAAGGGGGACACUACGGGAAUGCACUACAGGCGGCGUCUCUCAUUGGUCACGAAUCGAUCGUACAACUGCUGCUAGAUCGCCGUGCAGAUGUCAAUGCGCAAGGAGGAGAGUGCGGAAACGCACUACAAGCCGCGAGUUCUCAAGGCCACGAAGUCAUUGUACGACUGUUGCUGGGUCGAGGUGCUGAGGUCCAUGCACAGGGAGGAAAGUAUGGGAACGCACUGCAGACUGCGUCGUGCGGAGAAGACUAUAGGAUGCGGCGCCCAGUCGCUAACGAUGGCCAUAAAGCCAUCGUUCAACUGCUGCUGGAUCAAGCAUCACAUCGUGGUAACGAAGCAAUCGUUCAAGUGCUGCUGGAUCGAGGUGCCGAGGUGAAUCGAUGGGCCGGUAAUGCAUUGCGGAUAGCGUGUCUUGGCGGUCAUGAAGCCCUCAUGCGACUGCUGCUGGACCGAGGUGCUGAGAUCAACGCGCAAGGAGGACGGCAUGGAAAUGCACUGCAGGCAGCGUGUCUCAGUGGUCACAAAGCUAUUGUGCGAAUACUGCUAGAUCGAGGCGCGGAAGUCAAUGCGCAAGGAGGAACGUAUAAAAGCGCGUUGUGGGCAGCGUUGGCUCCCGAUGAACGAUGCCAUCGCUUUACAGACCACAAGCCGAGUAAAGAGGUCACGAGGGUCCUGUGCCAGGCCUUACACCAUGCCGUCCGAGGCACAUUCAGAGGAGUACAUCUAUCGGCUGCCACCGGAAACGGAUCCGAGGACGUUCAGAAGGGAUGUGGCGACUCUAAAACCGCGCAGUAG